AUUUUAUGAAGGGUGGAAAACAAUCAAAGAAUAAGACAAUUUGGGAUUAAGUUAAAAAUGAAGAAAAAGACUUCUAUUUUAACUUCCUUACCAAAAAAUAUAGAAAUGUGUAAAAAAAAUUGAAAGACAUUGCUGAUUUAGAAGAAUUGUAAAAAACAAAAGAAUUGAAAGCAGAAUAAGUAUAAAAGAUUCAAAGCAAAGAAGAGAAUAAUGAAAGAAUAAAAGAAUUAGAAAUCUAAGUCUCAAAUUGGUUGUAAGCUAAGAAAGAUGCAGAAUAAAGUGGUUCUUUAAUCACUUAAGAAGCUUUUAUCUUAAUAUUGGAGCAUUUAAGUGAAAAUUAAUAGACCGUAGAACUAUUAUGUGAAGAUCAUUAAUCUUUAUAUGAAUUGGCUAAAUAGCUUCAAAAUAGAGUAAACAAUCAAUAAAAGAAAAAGGAUCAAUAAUGGAAGGGGUUGAAAGUAUAUAUUAAUAAAUAUUUUAAUUAAAGUUAAAUCACUAAUUACAAACAGAAGUUCAAAAUACAGAAACAACAUAAUAAACCUAAUAGUAACAAUAAGAGACAACUAUAUAGCCAGAGAAGGUUGAGAUUGCUAAAGAAUAGCCUGUAGUUUAAUAAUAGGAAUAAUAUGUUUUAAUGAAGUCUAGUCCAAAGAAAUCAUUCUAAGAUGAAAAUCGUUAAUAAGUUCAUUAAGCUUUAGAUUAACUUCCAAAUUAACAUACAGAAUAUUAAGAAUAAUAAUAACAAGAUCCACCUUAAUAAGAAAUAUCAUAAUAAUAAUAAAGUUAAGAAGGAAAAGAAGAAUAACAACAUGAUUAAAAAGGUAAUCAUUAACAUCCAAGAGAUGGUAAUAGAUACCAUAAUCAUCAUCAUGAUGAUCAAAAGAAAGGAUACAAAAAAAAUUAUCAUCAUGAUAGACGAAAUAAUAAUAAUGGAGAUAAUAACAAAUAAUACAGAGGAAAUAAAUAUCAGAAUAGAGAUAGACCUUAGAGAGAAGAAUGGCAAGAAAAAAAGGAUGUUUAAGAACAUGAUUAAAAUAAUGAGAAUUAAGAUCAUCAUAGUUCAGAUGAAGAAUAUAUCACUAUCGAACGUAGGUUAAGAUAUUUUUUAUAUUUCUAGAUCUAAAAAAACUUAAUAGAAACCUAGAGGAUCUAAUAGAAAUCAUUAAGAUAAUAAAAAUAGAUCAUAAAGAAAUUAAAAUGAUAAUCAACAGACUGUUAAUGCCUAAUCAUGAG